CAAAUUCAAGAUGGAUGGAAUCACGACCAGCAGACCGAAAGCCACACAACACUGAAUAAAGUCCUGGCUGCGUGGAGUCGAGAGCGUUUUCACGACGGGGCGGACAUGGAGAGCCUCGUGCAUUACAGCAACCCCUCCCAUGCCCUCUCGGUGUUGGGGGUCCUGAACGAGCAGCGGCUGCGGGGCCAGAUGUGUGACGUGGUCCUGGUUGUGGCCGACCAGAGGUACCGGGCCCAUAAGAGCGUUCUUGCUGCCAGCAGCGAGUAUUUCCAGUCUCUUUUCACACGGAUGGACGGAGACUCGCUAAGAGUUGUCAACCUGGACUUCUGUGAACCUGAUGCCUUUGAGAUAGUUCUGAAUUACAUUUACUCCUCGUCGCUCUUUGUGGACAAAGGAAGCCUGGCGGCCAUUCAGGAGCUCGGCUACAGCCUUGGAAUCCCUUUUCUGACUAACAUUGUGUCAACAAGGCCACAUGCAUCCUACUGCGUGUCCAGGAAAAGGCUCUCAUACUCAGAGGGGGAGGAGAAUGAUGUCCAGACAAGGAGCGUUAUCGUGUGCCGGGUCCAGAACAACGCAUCUCAUCCCUCCCACUCGAAUUAUCAGGGAAAAACAUCCGACAGAUCUCCGUCUCCGUACUCUCCUCGAGGGGGGGCUCAACUUUCAUCAGAUCAUAACUCACAUGAGGCAGUCAAAAACUCUGAGUCCAGCAGGAAAUCAUCAGAGCAAAACAAAUCCCCUGAAAGGAAGCCCAGCUAUCCUUACUCCACCAUUCUAAAAGGAAACCCAUCUCGUGUCUCCUCAGUCAGACCUCAGCUAACCUCAUCAGUGUCUUUUAGCGAUGUCGACAUGCCGCAUGUCAGGCUGCAGUCUGGUUCCGACCAGGACAUCAAAGAAGAGAACGAUGAGCUUGAACAUCGGUAUCCUAACAACGUCCCCUUCCAGGGUCAGCCCAGACCCCUGAGCCGGGUAACUGACCGGAGCGGCCCCCUGAUUAAAAGCCUGCUCCGGAGAUCGCUGUCCAUGGAUAGCCCCGUUCCAGUUUUCUCCCCAACCCUGGAGCUCAAAGAUCUCCAAAACCGAGAACAAUCGGUCGUCAAAAUUGCCUCAGGAGCUGAAACCUUCGCCCACAAUGGCAACUCGGCUAGAGAGUCCCCUUUGGUCUCAAGGUCCAGGUUUCACAGCAGGUAUGAAACUCAGGUAGAAGGAGAUGUCAGCGUAAAGGCUGAGCCCAGCAGUCCCCUUGCUGAUCCCAUGGACAUUGUUAGGAUCACAGUCGGAGACUCUCUGCCGGUCAACCUGAAAGACUUGCAAACUAAUUACAGCCAGGGCUCCAGGACGGAUUUUAGCCAAGGGAAAAGGAAAGACCGGCCGGAGAACAGAAGGUACCCUUUGAAAAAAAGCAAAGUAUUCAAAGAACACGUUGCUUCAAAGGAAAUGGAUGUUUCAGAGACUGAGCCUCAGUAUGAAAACAGCGACCGUGGUGAAAACAUCGGGGAACCCUCGCAGCUCAAGAUUUUCAAAUGCUGGAGCUGCCUAAAGGUUUUCCGCUCCAGCGCUGGACGGCAUCGCCACAUCAACAUGUAUCACAACCCGGAGAAGCCGUACGCUUGUGACAUCUGCCACAAGCGGUUUCACACCAACUUUAAAGUGUGGACUCACUGCCAGACCCAGCACGGGGUUGUCCAGAAUCCGGCGUCAUCCUCCAGCUCGUCUAUGCUGGAUGAAAAGUUCCAGAAGAAGCUGAUAGAUAUUGUGCGAGAGAGAGAAAUAAAGAAAGCUUUGCUCUGGAAGCUGAAGAGGAAUAAGCAGGGUUUGCAGUCUCCUUCUCUUGCCAAAAAGAGAUCAAGGUCCAGCUUUGUGUGUCCCUACUGUGGCAAAGCGUUUGGGUUCCAGUCCCAGUACCGGCAGCAUUUAAGGACACACCCUGCUGAGAAGGCCGACCAGGAGACGGGGAUUGAGAGUGUUGUAUAUCCCGAACAGGAUGAGAUCCUUCAAGAGAACAGUACAGGCAGUGGGGUUUACUCUUGCAGGCUUUGUAACAUGAAGCUGUCCUCCCUGGCAGAGCAGGGCGACCACGAAAGGGGUUGUCGACACUCCACCGUGUGCCCUUACUGCGGCCUCCGCUUCUCCAGCCCCGUCGUCAAGAAGGACCACGAGGCCCAUUGUAGGUACAAGAAACUGACAUGUCUGGAAUGCAUGCGCACCUUCAAAUCUUCCUUCAGCAUUUGGCGCCACCAGGUGGAAGUCCACAACCAGAACAUGAUGACUGGUAAGAACCAGAUCCACCUGAACCAACCGGACGAAACCGGAAGCAACGAGGACGUACUCAAAGAGGAGCCUUACAGUGAUGAGCCUUCCGCCCUCGGGAGCUUUCCAGAGAACAGCUACAAAGACUCGUUGGGUCCACCCCUGUAUGACUCGGAAGAAUCCUCGCCUGAGGAUCUGAGCAUGGGCCACCAAGGCAAACUGGUGGUGAAGGAAGAACCGCUAGAGGAAGCGGUGAGUGAUAGGGACACCUUGGAGGCCGGCAAUACCGGACCAGAGGAAGCCGGGGUGUGGCCUUGCGAGAAAUGCGGCAAUCUGUUCAGCUCUCGCAAAGACCUGGAGCGGCACCAGGAGCUGCUGUGCCACAUCAAGCCCUUCAUCUGCCAUGUCUGCAACAAAGCUUUCAGAACCAACUUCCGCCUUUGGAGCCACUUCCAGUCUCACAUGUCUACUGCCAACGAAGCCGGCGCCAGAGAGAUCAACCCGCACGCUCCUCCGCAGUCUCCUUCGCCGCCCCUGACUCCCCAGAACUCUGAGCGCCACUCUCCACAAUCCUCUGUGCUCAGGUCUCCACAAGCACCACCAGCAGCGACCAUCCCUGAGGAGUCGAGCAGCCCGGAGCCCUGCGACACUUCAGUGCACAAGACCAACAAGCCCGGAGCAGAACCCAGCAGCCACAACUCACUAUCCAGAUCCAACAGCAGGGAGAACCCGGGUGGCCCCCAGGAGCCGGACACGCUCUUCUACCACGCUCCUUCCCUGUCGGCGCUGACUUUUAAGAGGCAGUACAUGUGCAAGCUCUGCCACAGAACCUUCAAGACGGCCUUCAGUCUGUGGAGCCACGAGCAGAGCCACAGCCACGUGUAGCGCCGCCAGAGUCGCCUUUCUUUGAACACUUCGUACCAGAAGGUGAACGUCUCGGCGUGAAAAACCCAGACUCUGAAUGUAAAGCUCAUGUGCUUGCCUCCAGCUGUAUAACUCAAAGGGGCCAUGUGUGUUAGAGGUGUAAACAUGAAUGUGCAAUCAAGUGCUAGAUUCCCCUGUAAGAUGAUUAAAAAAGCAGUGGCUUCUUUGAAAACGGUGUAUCAGAAUAUAUCUUUUUAUUAUCUUUAGUUGUUUGUAUUUACCCCAGUGUGUGUUUACUGAAAAGCGAGGUACAGAGCUGCUUCGCUGUAUCUCUUUAGAUGUAAAAGAGGAAGCGGCUUUAUAUCUCGUCCUCUCAGAGUACGGUGGACAGUGCUUUAAGGUUCUUCAAGCUGCUGUUUAAGUAAAUAACGAUGCUUUUGCGUUUCUGUUCGCCCUUUCACCUGGUGCCAGUGGUGUCCCUUCACCUUCUAUCAGUGGCCUCAAAGAUAAACUCAAUAUGCACUUUGUUUAAAAGCUUAACUCUGUUACGGGACGAUGUGGACGCCGCUGCUUCAGGUCAUUUAGAGGAUCAAAACCAUUGAAAUGUUUUCCUACAAGUCUCAUUCUGGCUUGGAGGAAGACUUCAAAUGUAUAUUCCUGAUAAUCAGCCUAUUGACUUAUGUUUACUUGUGUAUAUAUAAAUCAGGUUGUUCAGUCCAGUGAUUCAUCAUAUGGUUUUACAAAAGCCUACAUAAGUUUUCUAUAUCAUUUUCUCUUAGCUUUGUUAACAUUACAGGUAAAUAGGUAAAUAAACCCAAUUUAUUGCAGCAGCAAACAUCAAAACAAAGAAAAUUUCAACCUUUGUUGUGAGUUUAUUUAUUCAGUGGAGAGAAAUCUAAUUUUAAAGGAGUAGUUUUUCUUACAUUUGUUGUCAGUUGGGCAGCAUUUGGAUUUAUAACAAUUUUUCAAUGCUGCAGCAAACAGAUUGUGAGCUCAAUUUCUCUGUGACUCACUCCUUAGCAGUCCUGUGGGGGAAAAAAAGGCAGAUAUGGUGUCUGGUGAAGAGAUUUCGACUUGCAAAGUUGCAUGCAGCAGGUAUACCCAAAGUGGGUCCUCGCAGGCUGCUGUCCUGCAGGUUUCAGAGGUUUCCCUGCUUUAGCACAGCUGGUUCUGAUGAUUGCAGUUCAAUAAAAGCCUGUUAAUCAGCAAUCGAUGAAAAUCAGCAGUGCUGAAGCAGAGAAACCGCUAAAACCUGCAGCACAGCGGCCCACGAGGACCGACUUUGGGCAUUCCUGGCCUACAGCUUCACUACUAGAUCCUUAAACUCAGAUUGCUCCCCAGGCGCUGCAGCCAAUCACUGCUUCCUGAGGCGGUUGGUUAAUGCAAAUGUUAAAACACAUAAUUUUUGUUGUUUUUUUAUAUCAGAUCUUCUAAUUAAUAUAAUUUAGGUGUGUUUCUACAGUUUACCCCCAGAACUUCCACUGUUAUGUGCUAAAAAGCUCAGGCAGUGUCCCCAGUUUACUAUCUGGCUAAAACAUGCCUGUUAUUUUUAAAUGGCAACCAGAAAGCAACUUCUCAGUGAUUAGACGCUGCUAGAACCUCCUGGACUGUUAGGUGUAUCAGGGUGUGUCAAUGGUGAUUUUCUUUAAUGAUUUUAUCCCAGCUGAAUAAAUAUGCUGAUUUUGAAGUUGGGGUUUAUUUCUAAAUUAUUAGUUUGCUGCUGAGAAAAGAGAUUAAUUUAUUUUAGGGCUUUUUUUCCCACUUUUUUUUUACCAGGACGAGAAGUUGUGCUGCGCACAGUUUUAAUGUCGUUCUUAUCGUCCUUUAUCAGCUCCUUUUACUUUCUGUUGGAGCCUGCAGAACCGCGGCCUUUCAGCCAGACAUGGGAUGAUGGAUUUAUUCAUGUUUUCAAAGCUUUAUGCAGUUUUCUUUCAUCUUCACAUAAAAGCACAAAUGAUUUUCAGAGGAAUUGUGACUCAGGCAUUUUAAGGCGGUAAUGUUUUGAGGAAUAUCCAAAAAGAAA